CUGAAAGUAGUGACAGCUGUGGUUCCCUUUAACUGUACUCACGUGGAGCUCAUGGGCCGGUUCUGUCCCGCGUGCUUAUAGAAGUAUAUACCGUCCAGACCGAGCUCGUGCCUCAAACGUUUGCCUUUUCGCAAUUUCAUCCAACUGUUUUUAAGUGAUUUUUCACUGUAAACUUUGUAGCUAUCGGUUGAAGAGGCACUGUUAACAUAUCUGACAGGUGUAGCAUGAUAGCCACACCGUGAAAGGACCAGUCGUUUGACUAUUCAAGUUUACUAUAAGUGUUAACGUUACCGGUCGUAACAAAUUAACUGAACAGCUCCGAACUGCCGAGAUGACAGUGGAACUAGAGCAGAUACUUUUACAGCUGAUGGAGCCUGACAAUGCAGUUAUUCAGCAGGCCACAGCCCAGCUGAAACAGACUUUCAAAGACCCAGCCAUUAUACCAGCCCUGUGUGCUGUCAUGAGCGGCUCCCAGAACCCUCAGAUUCGUCAGUCAGCCUCAGUAAUGCUGAGGCUGAGAGUAAAGAAACACUGGAAGAAGAUUAGUCCUAGUGACAGAGAGAGGUUUGCUUGUUACUUGCUGUUGCAGGCCUUCAUGCAGGAAACAGAGCACACAGUGCAGCACUCGCUCUCUCAGCUUUGCGCUGUAAUGGUUAAACAUGAGACACCAGACCGCUGGCCUACCCUGAUGCAGCUCCUCAGUCAGUCCACCAAGAGUAGCAACCCUCAUGAUAGACAGGUUGGCCUUCUGCUGCUGAAUAAAGUGAUUCAGUCCAAUCCUGAGGCUUUCAAACCUCACUUUUGCCAGCUGCUGCAGCUGUUCAGUACUGUACUGCAAGACCACAGCAACCCAACAACCCUGUACUACUGCAUCCUCACUCUCACAGCCAUAACAAUAUACACUGGCUCUGAAGAGAUGAACCAGAUGCGUUCUAUCAUCCCAAGUGUGAUCAUUGCUCUGAAACACCUCAUCAUGGCAAAUCAGGAUCAAGCCAGUGAGGCCAUGGAGGUCUUUAAUGAGCUCAUGGAGAGUGAGGUGUCAAUCAUCAUCCCUUAUGUUGCUGACAUAGUCCGCUUCUGCAUAGAGGUGGGCAGUGACACCACUCUGAGUAACUCUCUUCGGGUGAAAGCUCUCUCCUCCAUCGCCUUCCUCAUCAAAUUGAAGAGCAAGACGGUGCUGAAGCAGAAGCUACUGAACCCCAUCCUGCAGGCCAUUUUCCCUGUACUCACUGCAGCUCCUCCACCUGGCGAGCAGGACCCAGAGGAUGAAGAGAAUGACAGCGGAGAUGGCACAGACAGUGACAAUCCCAAACAGUGUGCCAUCCAGAUUAUUGACACUAUGGCACUUCAUAUGCCUCCAGAGAAACUGUUUCAACAACUGAUGCCCUUCACCCGGACCUGCCUUGUCAGUGAAGACCCAUAUCAGAGGAAAGGGGGUCUCUUGUGUCUUGCUGUGCUGGCUGAAGGAUGUGCUGACCACAUGCGCACCAAGAUGCUGUCGUCAGUGCUGCAAACAGUGUGCCAGAGUCUUUCUGAUAGCAAUCAGGUGGUGCGUAGUGCUGCCCUCUUUGCCCUGGGACAGUUCUCUGAACAUUUACAGCCUGAAAUAAGUCAGUAUUGUGCAGAGUUGAUGCCUUUGCUACUGGGAUACCUUUCAUCCUUGAACCAGGCUAAAGUUGGUCAUGUCACCAAAGCUUUUUAUGCUUUAGAGAACUUCAUGGAGAACAUAGGAUCAGAUAUUGAGCCCUACUUGCCAACCCUAAUGGACACGAUGCUGUCUGCCCUCAUAAACACUGAAAAACUGAAGAUAAAAGAACUUGCUGUGUCUGCAAUAGGUGCCAUAGCCAAUGCUGCCAAGGAGCUGCUGGUUCCCUACUUCACUUCGAUUAUUGAAAGCUUGAAGGGCUUCCUGACUGCCACCACAGAGGAAAUGAGAUCUGUGCAAAGUCAGUCACUGGAUACUCUCUCUGUGUUGGCACGUACCAUUGGCAAAGAUGUCUUCAGCCCUCUUGCUGCAGAGUGUGUUCAGUUGGGCCUCAACCUCACUGAUACCAUCGAUGACCCGGACCUGAAACGCUGCACGUACAGUUUAUAUUCUGCUAUAUCUACAGUUAGCCCUGAGUCCCUGACUCCUCACCUAACUGCCAUUACAACAGUCAUGCUGCUGGCUCUCAAGUCCGAUGAAGGCAUCACGGCACACAUUGAGGAGGACAAGACAUUUGUCCUGCUGGAUGAUGAUGAUGAUGAUGAUAAUGAUGAAGAAACAGAUGAAGAGGUUGAUCUGGAACAGGACACUGAAACAGAUGUCCAUGAUGUUACAGGGUUCAGUGUUGAGAACGCCUACAUUGAUGAGAAGGAAAAUGCCUGUGAUGCACUGGGAGAGAUUGCCUACAACACUGGUACUGCCUUCCAGUCCUUCCUGGAGUCCUGCUUUCAGCAGGUUUAUGAAAUGAGAGAUUUUCCCCAUGAGGACGUCCGCAGGGCAGCGUUUGGAGCCAUGGGCCAGUUUUGUCGAGCUCAGCACAAAGUGUGGAAGGAGAACCCUACUGAGGUCAACCAUCAGGCCCUACUGAAGUUGCUAGAUGUGGUGCUUCCUUGCUUUGUGGAAACAGUUCAGACAGAACCUGAGCGCCAGGUUGUGAUGGGCAUCUUAGAAUCCAUGAACAAUGUCAUCAAGUCUUGCAAGGAGGAGGUUUUCAGAAACCCCUUACGCCUUAAGGAGAUCAGCUAUGUCAUUCGUGAUGUGCUCAAGAAAAAGACUGUCUGCCAGGAUGCAGGUGGUGAUGAAGCUGAUGAUGAAGACCAGCAGGCGGAGUAUGAUGCAAUGCUCCAGGAGUUUGCCGGGGAUGGAAUCCCCUUGCUGGCCUCGUCUGUCCCUGCAGACAAGUUUGCCCCCUUCCUCAAUGACCUGCUGCCUCUCAUCAUAAGCAAAGCUAAAUCCUCCUGCACAGUGGCAGACCGCUCCUUCUCUCUAGGUACUAUUGGAGAAGUCCUCCAUGCACUCGGGAGUGUGUCUGGGGGCCGGGGAGUGGCGGGCCGACUGUCCAAUCGUUUGCUUCCUGUGCUGGUGGCCGGAGUAAAGGACAGUGAUCCUGAGGUUCGUAACAACAGCGUGUUUGGACUGGGAUGUCUGGCUCAAGCAGCCGGACCCAUCGUUGUGUCAGACUAUCCCAUGAUGCUGUCUGUGUUUUCCAACCUGCUGGCCAAAGAGUCAAACCUCUUGGUGAUUGACAACUUAUGUGCCGCCAUCUGCCGGAUGAUUAUGAGCAAUGUGGCUGCUGUCCCUCUGGAGCAGGUCAUGCCUGCUCUGGUAGCCUGCCUUCCACUCAAAGAGGACUUGGACGAAAACAAGACUGUGUUCCGCUGCCUGGCUAUGCUCUACACACACAGCCCAGCUCUGAUUGUGAACCUGAUGAAGCCCAUAGUUGCUGCUUCCGGUCAUGUCCUGUGCAGCAAGAGCACUGAUAAAGAAACUCAGAACACUUUGGCCGUGCUUAUGAAAGAAAUGGCCCAGCACCACCCAGCCGACUUCCAAGCAGCUGUGAUCUCACUACCUGCAGAGCAGAAAGCUGAGCUCAGUGCAGCCAUCUCUGCCUCUUAGCCGGCACACAUACUUCCAGUCAGCCAAGUCAAUUAAUUUUUAUACUGUAAAUGGAAAGUGAUUUGGAAGUUAUUUGUUUGUGAUUUCACCAAAAUGUUCUCACUUCAUCCAUUUUGCUAGAGUUAUUAAAUUCAGCAGUUCUGCUCCUCAGUGUAA